AUGGCAGAGGUUAGCGACUUCAAGAUCCCGGGGGUCAAAAUCAAGUGGCCGCCGCCCCUUCUAAAGCCUCCCCCGGCAACGGAGGUGACUGACCGAAAUGAAACGCGAGAACGUAUUGAAAAGGGGGGCUGGGUGAUUUUUUGGGGAGAUCUGAUCAAUGAGGCUGAUGCCAUCAAGGGAAUUAUAUCUCUUCCGACUGGCACUGUUGUUGCUUUCGCGACCAACCAAAUUGAAGCCCAGUUAAAGAAAUUCAACCAGAGCAUGGCGUCAGUCUCGGAUGAUGUUGUUCGACAGGUAACUGACUUUCUAAAGAGAACAUUGCAAAAGAAAUCUGGUGGAGCAGUCGAGUUGGAUGGCCUCGGGGUCAAAGCUGGAAUUGCAACCUACCGUCGCAAGUUGGUCGUCAAGGGUAUUCUCAAGACGCCUCUGCCCAACAACUAUCAACCAUACGUUGGUGUGCGCGUCACCAAGCCCCUACCACCAAAGAAGGCGAAAGCAACAGCGAACUUGGAAGCCCUGGAACCAGACCUGGAGCUGGAUGACUCACAGCCGCAGGAUUAG